AACUCCGAGGAGGAGGUUUCGUCGAAGGGCUUGGGCUUCCCUUCGAAGGCCGGCAACACGUCAAAAGACUGCAAAAUUUUGGCGAUCAGGAUCUGAGCUUUGUGAGUCACGAGUCCCUGCCCGGGAGAGAACCUGCGGAUGCCGCCGAGCACAUCGGACUGCAGCUGAAUCUUCUCGGGCUCCUCAUGCUCCUCGUCUAGGUCGGCGAAAUGUCGCUCCGGGCGGAACUCGAAGGGGCUGUCCCAGACAUUGGGGUCCGUAUACACUGCAGGAAUGUGAGCGAUGACGGUAGUUCCUGCAGGCAGAUGGUACAUGCCGUCGCUCACAUCCAGAGGCUUGGUGGUCGUGUGCGGCAGAGUGAGCAUGACGGGAUGGUUCACGCGCUGCGUCUCCUUCACCACGGCCUUGAGGUACGGCAUCUUCUCGAUGUCGCUCUCGGAGAUGUUCUUGCUGUCGCCCACGACGCGGUCAAUCUCGGCCUGGAUCAUGGCCUGCAUGUCGGGGCGGUAGAUCAACUGGCCCAGCGCCCAUUCCACCGUCGUCGAGGUGCUGUCCGUGGCGGUGAGCAUGAUCUCGCUCAGGAUCCACGUGAUCUCGCGAUCCGUGAGCCGGUCCUCGCCCUGCAGAUUGCACAGAACGUCGAGGAAACUAUGCAUCAGGUUCGACCUCUUCUGGUCCUUGGGCUGGAAGCGCUUGCGGAUGAUUCCCACCGUCUGGACGCAGCAUUCCUCCGCGCGCUUGGAGCUCUCCGCGAACUCGAUGUCCGCCAUCGUGUCCGGCAUCUCGCGCAGCACGGGCAGGUAGUCGGAGAAUCGGCUGGAAAUCCCUAGCCUCACCACGUCCUUGAACGCCGUGAGCAGCCGCACCAGCUGGUGGUCCAUGAGCCCGGUCGACAAAUCGACGACGCUGCCGAAGCAAGUCGUGAAGAGAAGGUCCAGAAUUCCGAACCGCAGAUGGGACCGCGCGUUGACGACGAAGCACUUAUUCGUCGACGCCUCCUGCUUCAGAUUCUCCAUCAUCACGGCCAGAACGUGGUCCCGGUUGGACUCGCGCAGAGGCCGAAAAGACGUCUUGCUGCUCGUGCUCAUCAGGUACGACGACAGGAUCCUUCGCAGUCGUCGCCACUGCGGGCUUUUGUGCGGCGGAAUGUUCACGUACCGCCGGUACCCUGUGGCCGAUUCGCCCAUGCUCACCGCUCCGCCGUGCAGCAUCCUGCCUGGCCUGGACUCGAAUGUGUCGGGAGGGUUCUUGGACGAGAAGAGCUCCUGCACGACCUGCGCCGAGGUGAUGAUCACGGUCGGGUGCGAGCCCACCCACAGCGCCAUCACCCCGCCGUAGUUGUCACAGACCUUGGCCAGCAUUCGGCACGGGCUCGGCCCCAGCUGCAGCGCGUUGCCGAACACUGGCCACGGGCGAGGCCCCGGCGGCAGGCGCUUGGCGGGCCUGUUGUGCGCGAUCUGCAGGGCCAGCUUCGUGCCAUGGACCACGACCACCACGCCGAUGAUCGCCCCCAGACUCAGUUUCACGCCGUCUUUGAGAUUCAUCUCGCCCCCGCUCACGACAUCUCCAGUCCUCGAGCAGGCCGAUGGCUUCGUCUUCGCUCGCGCGCUCCACCAUCAGACGCCACCAACUUCGUCAUCGCGCAUUCGUUCUUGCCAUUCGUCCUCCUCCCGACCUGGGCUCAUGUGCUCGUCCUCGACAGGAACCGCGUCAUUGCUCCAAUUGAUGGCCCGGCCAAUCACGGCGCCCCUCGUUCUUGUGCCUGGUCACGAUUGCUGAGGCUCGUCCGGGCGAAUUCCAUUUCGCAGUCCUCUAAGCUGAGAAGCAGCCCGAUGCGAUGGCCGACAGUGGAAUCGCUCGGGACUCGGAGGUGCUCGAAGGCUUAGCUUCGAUGUAGACGGUUGAGCUCGGAAGAAUGCUGCAGGACCAAAUCGAUCUCCGCUGACGUGAACAGCAGGUACGGGGCUGGCCGCAUCCAGUAGCGAGGGAGAAGACGAGAGACCGGAGGAACUGCGUCCGCUGUGAUCACCACUUCUUGCUCAGGUCGCGAGAGAUGCGAGGUGAGUGAUGGGCCUGAUGAUUCUUCCCCGGACUCAAUCUUGUCGCGUGUAGGUCAAGGCCUCGACGCCUGCAAAUCCCUAAAGACGUAAAGCCAACUUUCGACUCGGUCGGAUUUAACCGACCAGACAAUGCUGCUUUGAGAAAUCUGAGAACGCUGGGCAAGAGAUUUCGAUUUUUCGAGAAUGGAUUGGCUUCAAAUCUGAGCCUAUUCAUGGUGUGCGGUGGUAUGAGGUUUUUGAGUUCCACUGUUCCAUAAGAACAGUGAUGCUAAAAGAACAUUGUCGUCGUCACAUUCGGACCUCCCGCGUUGAUGCUUGACUUUCCCGAUUCUGCAUGAUUCUAUCGGAGAAGAUGGGCUUGUGUUGAUCGACCUUCGGACUAUUGGCAGUUCACGAGUGGGCGUGCGGGGCCGAUGUUGACGGUCGAGCAAGCACACUGGUUAAAGGGGACCCUUGGCAGCAGUUGUUCACAACCUCGUCACCUCUCAAAUGAGAGAAGACAAAUUUCAUUUGCUUUCGUUGACAUUGUGGCAAGUGGAGAUUCACUUAGCCUUGGAAGGAAGAGAAAAGUUCUUACAGAGUUUCGAAACCUUCGGAGGAGAUGCAAGACACUUAUUGCGCAAUUCAAUGAGACCAGUGUGUGGCCAACGUAAGUCAUCCGGGUUGAGGCAAACUGCAUCGGAAGGUUCAGACAUCUGAAGCGGAAAUGUUUAGGCUCCUCCUAGAGGUGUAGUAGUUUCAUUUGUAACGGGUUGUAAGUGAUUUAGCUUUUUUUCGUCUGUUUGCAAACAAACAUCCAGUGAAAGGGAAAAACCAGUGUAUAUAUAUAUAUAUAUAUAUAUAUAUACACACUGGUUUUUUAAUGUUUUAGCUUACGUACGUUAUUCCUUCUGGACAUUGUCUGACCCUGUCAGACAAUGUCAUUUUUCGUCAGACAUUGUUUCGUUUGGAAAAAAAAUGUCUCGGUCCGCCGACACUCUUCUGCUCGUAUUGUACAAUGGUGAAUAAAAGACAUAUCAACUCCAAUAACGUGAUAG